GCAAUCUAACUGAACUUGACUUUAGUGUGUUGUAACGCAGUUUACUCUGGGACCAUGGGGUCCAAGUUGUCACGAUUGCAUAUACGCACGUUGUUGUUUGCAGCAACCCAAUUAUGAAACUAAGCAAAGGCUUUCAGCGGAACACAAGGCAAACAACUCCAGUUGUUGACUUGUCAAGCCAUGGUAGCCUAACUAAAACAGUAACGUUAUUAAGAUAACGUUAGGUUUAUGGCAUAGACAGCAAAGUGCAGCAGCCACAUAUUAUGAAAUUUUCAACUGAGCAUACUACGCGAAAGAUUUUCACACAAUGGACGAAAGUUAACCGUUAGUCUUCUGAGAUUGGUAAGGAUCAUGUAUACUUUCUGUCUUUAAAAUCCUCAACGAUUUCAGCUCCGUUAGCUUUCGAGAGCUAGCUGGUUCGCUAAUGUAGCCAGCCAACCUGUCAAAGUCAAGUGUCGAAGACAUUUUAACCAAUGUGUGAAGCUCUAAACUGCCACAAUGGAUGACACUUCAGCCUCUUUUCAAAAACUGAACCUGUCAACGGGGAACUAUGCCACUUCUACUUCAGGAGCUAUGUCUAUCGACAAGCUCCUACCAGCGCUCCUGGAGUGCUUUGGCAUCAUUCUUUGUGGAUACAUUGCUGGACGGGCGAACAUCAUAACAUCCACUCAAGCCAAAGGACUUGGCAACUUUGUGUCAAAGUUUGCCCUCCCUGCUCUACUUUUUAAAAACAUGGUGUUGCUGGACUUUGGCGAUGUCAUCUGGCCAUUUCUCUGGAGCAUUCUCAUAGCCAAAGUGUCCGUAUUUUUCGUUGUGUGCGUCUUAACCCUGCUUGUUGCCAGUCGUGACACUCGGUUUUCGAAGGCUGGGUUGUUUUCCAUCUUUGCCACCCAAAGCAAUGAUUUCGCCCUGGGAUAUCCCAUUGUCGAAGCUCUGUACAGGAACACUCACCCCGAGUACCUUCAGUACAUCUACCUGGUGGCGCCGGUGUCCCUCAUUCUCCUCAACCCCCUGGGCUUUGCCCUCUGCGAGGUGCAGAAGUGGCAGAGCAGCCGUGAGCAGCCUCCAGGGAGCAAGCUCCAGGUGGUGGGCACCGUCGCACUGCAGGUGGUGAGGAACCCAAUCGUCUUCAUGGUGGUGGUGGGGCUAGCUGCACACUUCCUGCUGGGCCAGAGGAUCCCCCCGUUCAUGGAGCAGUUUGUGGACGGCCUGGCCAACUCUUUCGGAGGGGCGGCCCUCUUCUACCUGGGUCUAACCAUGGUGGGCCAGAUGAGGAAGCUGACCAGGUCCACAGUGGUUGCACUGAUUCUCCUCAUCACAGCCAAACUGCUGGUGAUGCCUCUGGUGUGCAGAGACAUGGUGGAGCUCCUGGACACGGGCAACACCAGCGCUCUCAACCAUUCCAGCAUCUCCAACUACGCCUUCCUGUAUGGUGUCUUCCCCACCGCCCCCAGCGUGGCCAUCUAUGCAGCUCACUACAACAUGGAGCUGGAAGUGGUCACCUCAGGGAUGGUUAUAAGCACAUUUCUCUCGGCUCCAAUCAUGUAUGCGUCUGCCUGGCUUCUCACCAUUCCCACCAUGGACCCAAGGUCUUCCGUCUCAGCUCUGCAGACCGUCAGCUUCAACAUCGGUGUCAUAGGUUUAAUUGCACUAGUGUGGACAAUCACUGUUAUGUUCCUCAGUAAGAAGUUCAAGAGGUUGCCACAUUUUUUUACUGUGAACCUUUUAAUGGCACAGCUUUUAGUUAGUGUUGGCAUGAUAACUUGGAAUUUCACUGUGGAACAAGGCAGCUUCCUUGGGCAGGUGUUGAACUUCACUCUUCUGUAUGGAUCUCUCUACAGCACGUAUGUGUGGCCAGGUCUGAUAGCCCUCUCACUCCUGAUCAUCAGAAGGAAGGGAGAGCUGAAGAUCAGUCCAGGGUUUGUGGUCAUCGCUGGCUGGGGUGUUCCCUGUCUGGUGGUGGGUCUUCUCCUCAUCUCUGGCCAGUGGUCACCAGACACCAUCGACUCAGCCUUCUUCUAUGGAACAUCUCAGAUCAUCAGUUCAGCAGUGGUACUGUUCUGCAGUAUUGUGCUGGUGGGGGGCUCCCUCAUUGCCCUGAGCCGGGACUACCGCACCCAACAGCAGGGCACCCCGUCGGACACCAGUGAGGACGUGCAGCCCCUAGGUGAGCCGGAGGACCAGAAUGCACCGCUGGAGCCGACCCCCUCAGUGGGGAGCAUUAACAGAGAGUGCCAUGUGUGUGACUGCGCUCCCCCACAACCCAUGCCUGAUAUGAUUGUCAGCACUAACAUGGUGGACCAGCAUGGUGUGCGUGCCACGGGCUGCGAGUCGUCUCGCUGUCUGCUGGUGCAGGAGGAGGAGAAUCGCAGGGACUCAGACACACAGGUGGCUCGCCAUGUGCUGCUCUGCCUGCUGCUGCUGGUCAGCCUGUUGGCUAACCUCUCUAGCUGCCUCUGGUGGCUCUUCAACCAGGUCCCUGGGAGACUCUACCUGGAGCUGCAGUUCUUCUGUGCCAUCCUCAACUAUGGACAGGGUUUCAUAUCUUUCGGACUUUUUGGUCUGGAUAAACAUUUGAUCAUUCUUCCGUUCAAAAAGAGGGUAGCCAGACUGUGGGGAGGUAGAGGAGCAGCAGAGGACCCCCCUCCCAGCGUCUCUGAGGAGAUCCAGCUCACGUGCACACAGUUCAUCAGGUACCAUCAGGAGCAGUGCGUCCAGGACAUCGUCCAGAAGAAGAGGUGUGGUGACCGACGUGUGGUCAGCGCGUUCCUGGGCAGUGCGCUGGUGGAGUGGCUGAUGCGAGUGGGCCUGGCGCAGGACCGAGGGGAGGCGCUGAUCUACGGCUCUCGGCUGCACGAAGGCGGCGUGCUCGAGCACAUCACCCACAACUACAGCUUCCAGGACGACAACCUGCACUACCGCUUCACAGAGAGGCCAGGUCUGGCCAGUCAGCGAGGCAAUGACCCUCCCAACACAUACAGAGAUGACGGGGAUUGACCGGGUUGAGGCAGAGAUAUGAUUUUAAGAUUGCUGCUAUACUGACAUACUACCUAAUAAUCUGCAUGUUCAUAGGUAACAUGCAGUUAAACAACUCAAAGUAAAGUCAAUCUGUUUCUGUUCCUCUUUUGCUGUCAAGUGCAUGAUGGACAGAAAGGAAUUGUAAGCAAAUGAUCAUAAAGAUCAUUAAUACACAUGCCUACAGCCAUAACGCAGCACUGCCUACAGAGUUCCUUUGAGACUGUUUGCUUGGAAUGGAUUGUAUUUGCAAUUAGGGUUGCAAAGGGGCGGAGUUUCCGGUAAAUUUCCAGAAACUUACUGGAAACUUUCCAUGGUAAGUUAAGAUGGGGAAUUUUGGAAAUAUUCCAAAUUGGAAACUUUCAGGGAAUUAAAGGAAAUUAUGGGAAUUAAUGGGAUUUUACGAGAA